AUGUUCACGACUAAUACUGUACAAGCUGGAGCUGUGCCGGCUUUACAGUAUCAAGAACAUGCUCAGAAAUCACAGGGAAAAAAUAUUGAGAAUGUUCAACAAAAACCCGCGCAACAGGCACAGCAAACUCAGCAGGAAUUUCCAACUUUCUGUUAUACCAAUGUUAACAUGAUUGGUAAAAUUAAUGCUGGGGCAGCAAAUGGAGCAGGAACAGUAGCUGGGGGUGUUAACAUAGCCCAACUUACGACCGGCGAUGAUAAAACCUGCUAUAUUGCGCAGCCUUUUUCCACAUACAACUAUGCAUUAGUGAACCAAAUGCAAAUAGCUCCCAAUGGAAUUCAGAAUACAAUUUCUAAUAUUAGUUUUAAGUGUGAUGUUUGUGGUCUAAUGUUUGGACACUUGACUUUAUUGAAUGCUCAUAAAAGAAUACAUACGCAAGAUACAGACAAUAACAUAACAGUAGUGACAACUGGAGUUAGUUCUGCUAAUGAUGUUGCAAUGCCCCCACACAUACAAAUACUAUCUUCAGAUCCUGGUGACCAACAACAGCAGCAACAACAUGUACCAAUACAGGAUACGAAACCUGUUUUAAUAGACAAAAUACAGAAAUGCAUAACAUGUGGCAAUGUGAUCCCCAAUAACCCAAAACGGAAAGGACCCAAACUGAUCAGAUGUGAAAAUUGUAUAGCUCAGGUUAACAUUGAACACAGACAAAGUCACUUGAAUACAGCUCAAAUAUUUGUGGCAGAAGAUAAUGUAAAGUAUGAAGUGAGUGGGGUGCAGCCCUCCACAGACCCUUUGGCAACCGCACAGGCCAAUCAACAACAGCAGAAACACUUGCCGGGACAUCAUCCUGUAAAAAAAAGAAACUUAGCCUCAGUGACUAAAUGCCAGAACUGUAAUGGCUCUGGUAUAAUAUUUGUAGGUGGAAACAAAAAUAAAAAUAAUGCUCAAAACCCGGAUAAGUCAUAUCAUUGUAAUAUUUGUGGUGGAUCAUUCUCACGAUAUUCCUCUUUAUGGUCACACAAGAAACUACAUUCUGGUGAAAAGAACUUUAAAUGUGGCAUUUGUGGGAUUGCAUUUGCUAAAGCAGUGUAUCUUAAAAAUCAUUCUCGUAUACAUACUGGAGAAAAGCCUUAUAGAUGUAAUACAUGUGGUAUGCAGUUUUCACAAUCUCCACAUUUAAAGAACCACGAAAGAACGCAUUCCGGAGAAAAGCCAUAUGUCUGCGAGGUCUGCGACAAAGGCUUCGCACGCCACGCGACCCUAUGGAACCAUCGACGUAUUCACACUGGGGAGAAACCUUACAAAUGUGAUACAUGUGGUUCAGCAUUUAGUCAGGCAGCUCAUCUAAAGAACCAUGCAAAGGUACACUCUGGGGAAAAACCUUUCAAGUGCGAUAUCUGUACAGCAGCAUUUGCUGACCGUUUUGCGCUGAAAAGGCACAGAGGGAUCCACGACAAAUAUGGUCAAACUGCACCAUUACCAUCCAAGAUACACCAGAAUCAAUUAGAACAGCAAGCAACCCAACUACAAACAAUUUCAACAAACCAACAAGCACAGACAACACAAGCAGCCGUGGAAGUUGAACAUUGUCCUGAACAGAGUCUAUGA